AUGGAGAUCGAGAUCAAGCUCCGUCUCCCUGACGCGGCUGCACAUCGGCGCCUCUCCUCCUUCUUCACGCCCCGCCUGCUCCGCACCGACGCCCCCGCGCGGCCCCUCGCCACCGCCGCCGCCGCCACCGCCGCCCAGCGGGAUGUUCGCCUCUACGGCACCGAUGACCGCGACCCCUCCUGCGCCGUCCUCACGCUCAAGCACCCCCCGCGCAUCUACGCUGGCGACAGCCGCAUUGAGGAGGUCGUGGAGCCCCUCGACCCCGCCCUCGCCCUCACCUGCGUCGACAACCCCGCCCGUCUCGGUGCGGUCGACUCUCCCAUCGUCUGGCUCGUCUCCUAUGAGUACGGCGUCGGCGGGGACAAAGCGCCGUUCGUCUGCCUCGGCGGCUUCCGGAACACCCGCGGUGUGUAUGAGCUCGAGGAGGGCGAGGGGCAGGGGCUCGUGCUAGAGCUCGAUGAGACACACUUCGAUUUCGGCACAAACUACGAGCUGGAGUGCGAGACCGCGGAGCCCGACCAGGCCAAGGAGGUCCUGGAGCGGCUGAUCACUGUGGUUGGGGUGCCGUAUCAGUACUCCCGGAGCAAUAAGUUCGCGUGCUUCAUGGCCGGGAAGCUGCUUCUGUGA